GAUCCCGAGAAUUACAGCAGGAUGGGACCGACUGGGAAAACCGAUUAUAUCACUGGCACAUCGACGCUACGCUGUACGAUUUAUCCCCGCCUAGAGUGACCACUCGGUAUGGCUUCAAUGUACUGGCUGGUCCUCAGUAAAUAUGCCGGUAUGAUGACGGGACCGGCGAUGAACUUCCUGUGCCUUUGGGAACGACUGCGUUCGUCUCUGGGCAAAUCGUGUUCGAUAUCCUCUCUUCGGAACUCAAGAGUCUCGCUGUGCAUUCCAAAGUCAAGUAUCGAAUCUGUGGGAUCGGACUUGUCGCUAGGCGAGCUUCUUCCCUGGGAGGAGGCCCGGCUGAAGAUUCUGCCGGCUGUUUGGAAGGGCCCUGUGACGGGAGAGCUGCAAAUUCAGGUUCAUCCUUGUGGUACGACGAAGUUACUCGUUGAGCACGUACCAGAGUAGGGAAGGCCAUGUUAUACACUGACGGUACGCGCCUUACGGACAUGAGAAGGAAGUGCGAAGGUUGUUGUACUGCACCACCUGGCUAUUGCACCAAACUUAUUUACCCGCUCGACUGGAAAGGUGAUAUUCCAUAAUCGUGCAUUCCACCAGUGUAACCUCGCUGCGU